AUGGACUCGGAUACAGAUAAGCUACGCAAUAUCCUGCAGUCUAAGACCUGGUUCGGCUUCGACCUAGACGACACCCUCCAUGAAUUCCGCAACGCAAGUCGCGCAGCAACAACACACUGCCUCACCCAGAUCGCCAACAAGAACCAACCAACACUCCAAGACCUCCAACAACAAUACUCCAUCGUUCUCAAACAAGGUACCGCCGAUGCCUUCACCGACGGAAAGACUUCCCACGACUAUCGUCGAGCCCGCUUUACUGCCACGUUGAGUCAUUUCGGAUUGGACCACGACUCCUCCUGCAUUGACGAAUUACUAAACGACUACGAACGUGUUCUCGUCGCAAACCUCACCCUCAAACCAGGAGCCAUCUCGCUUCUCCAAGCGAUCAAAAGAUCUGAUCGCAACAUUGUCGUCAUCACUGAAGGUCCACAAGAUGCUCAAGAGCGAGCAGUUAAAGAUUUGGGUAUCGAACAGUACAUUGACUUUCUCGCUACCACGAAUUUCUUUGGUGUAUCUAAAAUCUCGGGACUUUUUGCAAAAGUCCUAGAUCAUCUCGAUGUUCAGCCGCAUGAGAUGGUAUACAUCGGCGAUUCACAACAGCGUGAUAUAGAACCCGCGACGAAAGAGGACAUAUAUGCGAUUCAUCUAGACGAGGACCAGACGGAGCCUCUUGUGCUGCAACGUCGGAGUGUAAACUCAUUGGACGUUGUAGCUCGGCUGAUCUAG